AUUUUUUAAAACUAAUAACAUUUACGUAUUUACAGAAAUGGUUACGAUAAAAGUAUUGAGAAAAGAUAUCGCAAAAUCAAAAGUUAAUAAAAAACGAGGCACCACAACUAACUACUCAAUCGUAACAAGCAUGGAAGAAAAUCAACAGUAUGGCAAUGUCGAAUAUGGCGAAAAUAUCUCUAUUAAAUCUGAAGCUGAUAACGAUCACGAUCACGAUAACGAUGACGAUGACCUAGUGUGUACAAAGAACUUGGCAGAACGUUCGUCUAUUCUCAAAAUCAAAUCUUUCAUGACGGAAAAAGAUGCUAUUUUGAGAUUUAUUCCGGGCCAACGUGGCAAGCAACUUUUGUUAUAUAAAAAUUUUACAUUUGCUAAAAACAAUGUCUGUGGUAAUGCAACUUAUUGGAACUGUCGGAGUCGGCGACUCGGCAUGAAGCCAUGCAAAGCGCGUAUAACCACUUUUGAACAACCGAAUGGAUUACAUAAAGUUUGUCUCACAAAACCGCAACAUAAUCACGAACCCUCACCAAGAAUAUUGAAAAAAAUUGAAAAAAUCUAACUAUUCAAUAAAUGUUAAUUU